AUGGCGGACCCCAAUGCUCCCAAGCCUAGCAGCAGCGUAAAGCUGGUGCUCCUGGGCGAGGCCGCUGUCGGAAAGUCCUCCCUCGUCCUCCGCUUUGUGAACAACGACUUCCAAGAGAACAAAGAGCCCACUAUCGGCGCUGCCUUCCUCACACAAAAGUGCAACCUUCCCUCGAGGACGAUCAAGUUCGAGAUAUGGGACACUGCUGGCCAGGAGCGCUUUGCCUCUCUCGCCCCCAUGUACUACCGCAACGCCCAGGCCGCCCUCGUCGUUUACGAUCUCACUAAGCCCGCCUCCCUCAUCAAGGCCAAGCACUGGGUUGCCGAGCUUCAGCGCCAGGCUUCUCCCGGUAUUGUCAUCGCCCUUGUAGGUAACAAGCUCGAUCUUGCCGACGACGAGGGCGAUGCCGACGACAACGUCCGCAAGGUCUCCACCGAGGAGGCCAAGGCCUACGCUGACGAGGAGAGCCUCCUCUUCUUUGAGACCAGUGCCAAGACCGGCCACAACGUAGAGGACGUCUUCACCGCCAUCGCCAACGCGAUCCCCGAGACUAGCCUCAAGAGCUCUAGGGUGCCCGGUGCCAGCUCCGCCGCUCGGGGCGGGGAUGAGCAACGGGUCAACCUCACCGGACCCAGGGAUGCUGGCGCCAAGGAGGGCUGUGCUUGUUAA